AUGGCAUCAGCCUGGGAGCCAAUCAGAAGCCAAAACUGAAAGGAGGCGGAACCUGAGUCCGCAUAGUUACUGCGGCCACGGCAGCCACCCGCUGGCUUUGCCUGGCUGAAAAGAUGACUGUGGGGAGGCCUGCGGAAGACCCCGGCGAUGCAGACUGGACCCGUCAGACAUUUCCUCCCAAAUCCUCCUCAGACACAGAGGCAGAAGAGGAACUGCCUGGGGAUGGACUGGUCUUGCCUAGGGCUGGCAAACUUGAUGAGUUCCUCAGCCCAGAGGAGGAGAUGGCUUCUAGUUCUCCUGAUUCAGCUGGGAGCUUUUACGAGGCUCUAAAACAGAAAGGCAGGUGGUGCCUGCUGGAAUCCCUUUAUCAGUCAGACCCAGAUAGUGACAAGAACUUCUCUGAAGAAGAGGAGGACCUGGAGCAUUUCUUUCAAGACAAGGGCAGGGGGAAACCACAGGUUCAGUACCCUCAGUCUCUGAGAUGUGACUCCAGAAGGCGCUGUAGCUCCCUGAGCAACCUUACCUCGGACAGUCCCAGGGCCCGGCCCAGUCCACACUUUAUCUCCAGGCCCCACUCCCAGCACAGAAGCAUCAGCUCCUGGGCAUCGUCCAUCACUGUCCCUCAGCCAUUCCAUAUGACGCUGCGUGAGGCCCGGAAGAAGGCCCAGUGGCUGGCCUCUCCUGCCUCCUUUGAGCAUGAGAGGCAGCAGGCGCAGAGGCAGGGCCAGGAGGAGGCUGAGUGCCACCGGCAGUUCCGAGCACAGCCUGUGCCUGCACAUGUCUACCUGCCCCUCUACCAGGAGAUCAUGGAGCGCAAUGAGGCCCGCAGGCAGGCAGGCAUCCAGAAGAGGAAGGAACUGCUCCUAUCUUCCCUGAAGCCCUUCAGCUUCCUGGAGAAAGAAGAGCAGCGAAAGGAAGCUGUUCGACAGAGGGACUUGGCAGCCACCGCUCAGACCAAGGUCCCCAAGCAGAAGGCCACCAGGAGUAUCCCCAAGUCCAUUCUGGAGCCAGCGUUUGGGGACAAACUCCAGGAAGCUGAGCUCCUCAGGAAAAUGCGCAUCCAGAUGAGAGCCCUGAACAUGCUCCAGAUGGCCUCCUCCCCUAUCGCCUCUGCUCAGAGCCGGGCUGACCCACAGUCUCGAACAGCCACCCGAACCUGGGAGGAAAAGCUUGGGUUUCUGCAGACUGACUUUGGAUUCCAGCCUCGGGUGAAUCCUGCUGUCCCUGACUAUGAAGGCCUUUACAAGGCCUUCCAGAGAAGAGCUGCCAAAAGAAAGGAAACCCGAGAGGCCACUCGCAACAAGCCCUUCCAGCUGAGAACCGCCAGCCUGCAUCAUACUCAGCGCCAGGGUGAUGAUGGUGCCCCUGGAGGGAGGAGGGACUCCCCACGGCCACCUGCCACACCCCUGCCAAGGAGUCAUUCUCUGAGUGGCCUUGCUUCCCUCUCUGCCAACACCCUCCCUGUGAACAUCACAGAUGCCACCAGGAAGAGAGAAUCUGUAAUCAGAAGUUCACUUGAAGAAAAAGGCAAAGCAGAUGAGAGUACUCAGUGGUUGGAGAUGCACAAAAAGAAGUGUCAAGCAAUGUCUAAAUCUGUGAGCUUGCGUGCAAAAGCCAUGGAUCCCCAUAAAAGCCUGGAGGAAGUGUUUAAAGCGAAGCUGAAAGAGAACAGGAACAAUGACCGUAAGAGAGCAAAAGAAUAUAAGAAAGAAUUGCAGGAAAUGAAGAAGAGAGUACAAACAAGGCCCUAUCUCUUCGAACAAGUUACUAAGGACCUUGCCAGAAAAGAAGCAGAACGUCGGUAUAGAGACACCCUGAAGCAGGCUGGACUGGAUGAAGACUUUGUGAAGAACAAGUGUCAAGGCACCUAUGCUGUACAAUGGAAGGAGUCAGAAAUUGACGCGUCUCACAGAACCAAGACCACAGAAGAGUUGCGGGUGCCUGGAAUCAAUCUAAAAUCCCUCUUUGGUUUAGAUGAUGGUUACUCAAUCAACAAACAAAUGAACACAUUCCUAUAUGCCCAGUUGAUUAAGCCUACUAUUCCUCAGACAUAUGACCCUGACAGACUGAACAAUGAUUAUUUUAAAUGAUUCUGUCACUACCUUUUUUGACCAGGGACCACUUUGUCCCUAGAUGUCACUUUCUUUAUAAAAGCAUCCCCAUGAGCAUUGUCAUCUCAUAGUGAAGCAAACAACAUUGGGAACAGAUAUCAUUCAGUAACAAAUGUAUACAAAGGAUCUUUAAGGCUGAAAAUCCCAGCUCUGAUUGACUAAAUCUCCUAAUGCAGGAGACCCCUAACACUCAGGCUCCUUUCAGAGCUAGACUCAGGCUUACCUUAAAGUAAGAUAUUUUAACAAAAGUUUACAGGAAAUGGAAAUUAGAUAAUUUUUUUUUCUUUUCAGAUCCUCUAAAAUAGAUUCCCAACUACUUUCCACAUUGGUCUCCACAGAACCUAAGUAAGGGCAAGAGACAGUUUUACCUCCUGUGGAUUUACUGCAGUUAAGACAGAAACCUCAUAUGACUGCCUCCCUGACUGCAUGGUCACCAAGUGAUGUGUCACAUCAGGCACUGAAGACAGGGGACGAGGGGAUCCUUCUGCAAGCACCUCUGUGAAACAACAGAACAAUGAAUGAAAAAUGAAUCCAUAGAUCUACCUGCUUCAUCAAGCCUCUCAUUAAGAACUCUAAAAAUUACUCCCUGAAAAAUUGAAUUCCAUAUUCCUUUUUUGAUGUCUUCCAAAUUAAUUUCUGUCCGAUAAUCAUUAUCAGUGAUGCAGAGCGUUAAAAAAGUGGCAAGGGAGAAAGGGAGGUAGAAAAUGCAAGAAAUCUUGAUAGAAGAGUUGACCAAUUUUUUACAUACCAAUUUAAGAGUAAUAUGGCUUUAGCAUUGUUACCUAGAUUAAAAUUGCAUAUGAAACAGGGCAAAAGCUGCCCAGGCAGGCAGAUCAGGGAACCAGAGCCAACCCUUAAAACAUUCACCAAGGAUAUAAAUAUUGCAAUAUAAGCAGAGUAAGAAGCUAAGUUAAAUCUGGCUCCAAAGUUCCUACUCAGUGACCCUUCCUCCCUUGAGACUUUCUUCUUCAGGGCUGGUAAACUAGCUCCAGGCAAUUUCCACGGCUCAUGCUUUAAUUAUCCACUAGUUAUCAGAAACAGAGGAGGCUCAUUGUGGCAGCACACACUGGGCCUUGUAGGCUCUAUGGAGAAGUUACACAAACGUUUUCACUUAGUAGGACAAGGGUAAGAAAAACAUAGGAUCUUAGACUUAUCAUAUGUUUGUUAGUAGGAUCACCAAAAAAAUCUUAAAACAAUAUACUACGUAACACUUAUCCCUUGAAAAAAUUCAAAGUUUCUUCUAGGGGCUUUUUUGUUCAUACUGAUCAUCCAAACUAUACCAUAUAAUUUGUUUGCUUAUAUACUAUUUACUUAAUGUUGCUUCCCAUAUAUAAGUUGUCUUCUCAACCAGAUUUUGAAGUCCCUUUCUUCUACUUUUAUAUUUCCCAUGGUACCAGGUACAUGGUAGGCACUGAAUACAUACAUGCUGACCUCACCUGUUAAAUUUUUCAGAAAAGAGGGCCUGACCUAUAUAACUUGGGUGCAAUUUCUAUACCAGUGAAGAACAACUGUUUCCUAGAGAACCCUUUCUUUCCUCCAGAAGAUAUGGCUUUCAAAGGAUUUAAGAAAUUGCUUUAUAUCAUCUCUGUAAAACCUGGUCAUUUUCUGUUUAAAUGUUUUAAAAGUUAAAUUCUUCCAUAACUGCAAUAGGAAAGAUAAAAAUAAUUGGUCGAGGAUGUUAGAAUUAUGGAUAAUUAAAAAUUUUUAAUUUUU